GUGGCUGCUUUCUCUGGACUGUGCUCUGCACGGAUUACCAGCCCAUCCUUCAGAGAGAGGACACAGCCUCGGAGUGAUGAGAUGGCAAGAAAGAAGCUGAAAAAGUUCACUACUUUGGAGCUUAUGCUCAGUAUUCUUCUGCUUGUGGUGUUUAUCAUCACUAUUCCCAUCUUCGUGCUUUCAGCCAGAGAUUCCCUGGAAUCACAAGAUCCUGGGACGACAGUUAGCCCAGAUCCUGGGACAAGUACCACCCCUGGUUCUGCCGAGUGCCCAGUGGUAAAUGACUCGGAACGGAUAAACUGCAUCCCUGACCAAUCACCAACAAAGGCUACCUGUGACCAGCGUGGCUGUUGCUGGAGUCCUCAGGGAACCAUAAGUAAGCCCUGGUGCUACUAUUCUAAGAGUCAUGGCUAUCAAGUAGGGGGCGACCUCAUGAACACAAAUGCAGGAUUCACAGCCCAGCUGGAAAGGUUGUCUUCUCCAUCUCUGUUUGGAAAUGAUGUCAACAAUGUCCUUCUCACAGCAGAAUACCAGACAUCUAACCGUUUCCACUUUAAGUUAACUGACCAAAACCAGAACAGAUAUGAAGUACCCCAUGAACACGUGCAACCCUUCACAGGAAAUGCUGCCUCUUCCUUGACGUAUAAAGUUGAGGUCUCCAAACAGCCGUUUGGCAUCAAAGUGAUCAGAACGAGCAACAAUCGUGUUCUGUUUGACUCCAGCGUUGGGCCCCUGCUGUUUGCUCACCAGUUCCUGCAGCUCUCCAUCCGACUGCCUAGUGCCAAUGUGUAUGGGCUGGGAGAACACGUGCACCAGCAGUACCGGCAUGACAUGAACUGGAAGACCUGGCCCAUAUUUGCCAGGGACACCACCCCCAAUGGGGAUGGAACUAACUUGUAUGGUGCACAGACAUUCUUCCUAUGCCUUGAAGAUGCUAGUGGAUUGUCCUUUGGAGUGUUUCUGCUGAACAGCAAUGCCAUGGAGGUUUUCCUCCAGCCCACCCCAGCUAUCACUUACCGCACCAUCGGGGGCAUUCUUGACUUUUACGUGUUCUUGGGGAAUACUCCAGAGCAAGUUGUUCAAGAAUACCUAGAGCUUGUUGGACGGCCAGCCCUACCCUCAUACUGGGCGCUUGGGUUUCAUCUCAGUCGUUAUGACUAUGGAACCCUAGAGAACAUGAAAGAAGUCGUGGAGAGAAACCGUGCUGCACAGCUGCCUUAUGAUGUUCAGCACGCUGAUAUUGAUUACAUGGAUGCAAGAAAGGACUUCACUUAUGAUCCAGUAGCUUUCAAGGGCUUCCCUGAGUUUGUUAAAGAAUUACACAAUAACGGACAGAAACUGGUCGUCAUUGUGGAUCCUGCCAUCUCCAACAACUCUUCCCUAAGUAAUCCCUAUGGCCCGUAUGACAGGGGUUCAGAUAUGAAGAUAUGGGUGAAUUCUUCAGAUGGAGUGACUCCACUCAUUGGGGAGGUCUGGCCUGGAAAAACUGUGUUUCCUGAUUACACCAACCCUAAGUGUACUGCUUGGUGGACAAAUGAAUUUGAGCUUUUCCACAGUCAAGUAGAGUUUGAUGGAAUCUGGAUUGAUAUGAAUGAAGUCGCCAACUUCGUGGAUGGCUCAGUUUCAGGAUGUUCCACGAGCAAUCUAAAUUAUCCCCCAUUCACUCCCAAAAUCCUGGAUGGGUACCUGUUCAGCAAGAGCAUCUGCAUGGACGCAGUGCAGCACUGGGGGCGGCAGUAUGACGUCCACAACCUGUACGGCUACUCCAUGGCCAUCGCCACUGCAGAAACUGUCAAGACUGUGUUCCCCAACAAGAGAAGCCUCAUUUUAACCCGUUCUACAUUUGCGGGUUCUGGCAAGUUUGCAGCCCACUGGUUGGGAGACAAUGCAGCCUCCUGGAACGACCUCCGAUGGUCCAUCCCUGGCAUACUUGAGUUCAACCUUUUUGGUAUCCCAAUGGUGGGUGCUGACAUAUGUGGCUUUCUACUGGACACUUCUGAAGAGCUCUGCAGACGGUGGAUGCAGCUGGGAGCAUUCUAUCCAUUUUCCAGGAAUCACAAUGGCCAAGGCUACAAGGCCCAGGAUCCAGCCUCCUUUGGCACCGACUCGCUGCUGUUGAAUUCCUCCAGGCACUACCUGACCAUCCGCUAUACCCUUCUGCCCUAUCUCUACACCCUCUUCUACCGUGCUCACAGCCGCGGGGAUACCGUGGCCAGGCCCCUUCUGCAUGAGUUCUACCAGGACAGCAACACCUGGGAUGUGCACCAGCAGUUUUUAUGGGGGCCCGGCCUCCUCAUCACUCCAGUCCUGGAUGAGGGUGCAGAGAAAGUGACCGCAUACAUGCCUGACGCUGUCUGGUAUGACUAUGAGACUGGGGUCCAAGAGAGAUGGAGGAAGCAAAAAGUGGAGAUGGAACUUCCUGGAGACAAAAUUGGACUUCACCUGCGAGGAGGCUACAUCUUCCCCACGCAGCAGCCAGCCACGACCACAGUGGCCAGUCGACGGAACCCUCUUGGUCUAAUCAUUGCCCUGGAUGAGAACAAAGAAGCAAAAGGCGAACUUUUCUGGGAUGAUGGGGAAACAAAAGAUACUGUGGCCAACAACCUUUAUCUCUUAUGUGAGUUCUCCGUCACCCAAAACCGCCUGGAGGUUAAGAUUUUGCAGUCAACCUACACAGACCCCAAUAAUUUAGCAUUUAAAGAAAUUAAAAUCCUUGGAACCCAGGAGCUUAACAACGUUGCAGUGAAACAGAACGGUGUUCCAAUUCAAGUUUCUCCUAAUGUCACUUACGAUUCUAACCUACAGGUGGCCCUUAUCACAGGAAUUGAUCUUGUUCUGGGAGAAACAUACACGGUGGAGUGGGAUGUGAAGAUACGAGAUGAAGAAAAAAUAGACUGUUAUCCUGAUCAGACUGGUGUUUCUGCAGAAAACUGCACUGCCCGCGGUUGUGCCUGGGAGGGAUCCAGUUCCCCUGGAGUCCCUUUAUGCUAUUUCGUCAGUGACCUCUACUCUGUCAGUGAUGUUCAGUAUGACUCACACGGGGCCUCAGCUGUCAUCUCCUUAAAGACUUCUCUGUAUGCCUACUCCUUCCCCUCAGUACCUGUGAACUCCCUCCGCCUGACUGUGACCUACCAUAAGGAUUACAUGCUGCAGUUUAAGAUUUAUGAUCCCAACAACAACCGCUAUGAAGUUCCAGUCCCUCUCAACAUACCCAACGUUCCAUCUGGCACCCCUGAGAGUCAACUCUAUGCUGUCCUCAUCAAGGAGAAUCCAUUUGGGAUUGAAAUUCGCCGCAAGAGUACAGGCACUGUCAUCUGGGACUCUCAGCUCCUCGGCUUCACCUUCAAUGACAUGUUCAUCCGCAUCUCCACGCGCCUCCCCUCCCGGUACCUCUACGGCUUUGGGGAAACUGAGCACACAGCCUUCCGAAGAGACUUGGGAUGGAACACGUGGGGGAUGUUCUCCCGAGACCAACCCCCGGGGUACAAGAAGAACUCCUACGGUGUCCACCCCUACUACAUGGCAAUGGAGGAGGAUGGCAGUGCCCAUGGAGUGCUCCUGCUGAACAGCAAUGCCAUGGAUGUGACCUUCCAGCCCUUGCCUGCCUUGACAUACCGUACCACAGGAGGAAUUCUGGACUUUUAUGUGGUUUUAGGGCCAACUCCAGAGCUUGUCACUCAGCAGUACACUGAGUUGAUUGGUCGGCCGGUGAUGGUUCCUUACUGGUCCCUGGGGUUUCAGCUGUGUCGCUAUGGAUACCAGAACGACUCUGAGAUUGCCAGCUUGUACGAUGCGAUGGUGGCUGCACAGAUCCCCUAUGAUGUGCAGUACUCGGACAUUGACUACAUGGAGCGGCAGCUGGACUUCACCCUUGAUGCCGAGUUUGAGGGGUUUCCAGCUCUGAUUACUCGCAUGCAGGCCGAUGGGAUGCGAGUCAUUAUCAUUCUGGACCCAGCCAUUUCUGGCAACGAGACCAAGCCCUAUCUGCCAUUCACACGGGGUGUAGAGGAUGAUGUCUUCAUCAAAGAUCCGAGUGAUGGGAGCAUUGUCUGGGGAAAGGUCUGGCCUGAUUUUCCUGAUGUGGUAAUAAACAGUUCUCUAGACUGGGACAGUCAAGUGGAGAAAUACCGGGCAUUUGUGGCCUUUCCAGACUUUUUCCGUAAUUCAACCAUCGCAUGGUGGAAGAGGGAGUUGAAAGAACUGUACACCAAUCCGCGGGAGCCAGAGAAGAGCUUGAAGUUCGAUGGCUUGUGGAUUGAUAUGAAUGAACCAGCGAGCUUCGUGAAUGGAGCAGUCCUUCCAGGCUGCAAGAAUGCCACUCUGAACAACCCUCCCUAUAUGCCACAUCUGGAGUCCAGGGACCUGGGCCUGAGCAGCAAGACCCUGUGCAUGGAGAGCCAGCAGGUCCUGCCUGACGGCUCACCGGUGCGCCACUACGACGUGCACAGCCUCUAUGGGUGGGCCCAGACCAGACCCACAUACGAAGCUGUGCAGGAGGUGACAGGACAGCGAGGGAUCGUCAUCACUCGCUCCACUUUCCCCUCUUCUGGCCGCUGGGGAGGACACUGGCUGGGAGACAACACGGCCGCGUGGGACCAGCUGCAGAAGUCAAUCAUUGGCAUGAUGGAGUUUAGUCUCUUUGGUAUAUCCUACACAGGAGCAGAUAUUUGUGGAUUCUUUCAAGAUGCUGAAUAUGAAAUGUGUGCUCGCUGGAUGCAACUAGGGGCCUUCUACCCCUUCGCAAGGAAUCACAAUACCAUUGGGACCAGGAGGCAAGACCCCGUGUCCUGGAAUUCUACCUUCGUGACAAUCUCCAAGAGUGUCCUGGAGACCAGAUACGCCCUGUUGCCGUAUUUCUACACCCUGAUGCACAAGGCCAGCACAGAGGGCAGCACCGUCGUGCGGCCUCUCCUUCAUGAGUUUGUGUCAGACCGGGUGACCUGGACUAUAGACAGUCAGUUCCUGCUGGGCCCAGCCUUCCUGGUCAGCCCUGUCCUGGAGGCUAACGCUAGAGAUGUCACUGCAUAUUUCCCCAAAGCCCGCUGGUAUGAUUACUAUACGGGUGUGGACAUUCAGUCGACGGGUGAGUGGAAGUCCUUGCCAGCGCCUCUUGACCACAUUAAUCUUCAUGUCCGUGGGGGCUACGUCCUGCCCUGGCAAGAGCCUGCACAGAACACCCACUUAAGCCGUCAGAAAUUCUUCGGUUUCAAGGUCGCCUUGGAUGAUGAGGGGACCGCUGAAGGCUGGCUCUUCUGGGAUGAUGGGCAAAGCAUUGAUACCUAUGAAAAAGGACAAUAUUACCUGGCCCACUUUUCAGUCAGCCAGAAUACCAUGCAGAGUCAUAUAAUUUUCAACAAAUACAUCAGUGAUACAAACCCUUUGAGACUGGGCUACUUUGAGGUCUGGGGAGUGGGCAGUGACUCCAUCUCCAGUGUCAGCAUCUCUGUGAGUGGCGUGGUUAUAACACCCACCUUCUCCUACAACUCUACAACACAGGUGUUAAAUAUUGAUGUGACCAGCAGAAACAUCAGCCUACAUAAUUUCACUUCAUUGACAUGGAGAAGCACACUGAAUUUUUAGAGCAAGAUCCUAACUUCAAACGGCUUUGAAACUACUUGUAUAUUCGGUUGGCCAAAAAACUUCGUUCAGGUUUUUCCUCAAGAUGUUACAGAAAAACCUGAACCUACUUUUUUGGCCAACCCAAUGCUUCAUGCUCAUAAAAUUAUUGUGUGUUGCUAAUCAGUUUAUACCCAGUAUGGUGAAAAUGUUUUCUUAGUUUUGUUUUGCUUGGUCAGUGGUUUAGCCCUAUGGAGUAGGCUGGAGGGCGGUGUGGAAAGCUGUGGGUUAUCUUGAUGUCUCCAUGUGAUUAGUAUGGUACUGAUGGCUCAUUACAUAUUGACUGAAGAUGCACUGGGUCCAUGAUGAAGCAUGUGCGCAUGUGUAUAUGUGUGUAAUUAGGCGAUGGGCCCACUCUUGCUAAAUAUACAAGCUACAGCUUUCCAGGACAGGUCAGGUCCUGGAGUUAACUAACAUCACACACACACACAAAAUAAUCCAGAAAGAACAUCUGCCAAGUGGUUAUAAGGAGAUGGGAUAGUAUGCCAAGAGCAUGAUCCAAAGGGAAGAAAAGGCCAAUGCAGGGAAGAUAAGUAGGAAA